GGGGGAGGUGACUCGCGGAGGGGUGUUCAUGACAGCUGAGCGAGCGCUCGCAUAGGCACGUGAGUGCGCGAGGUGACUCGGGUGUUUCUGCGCGAGGAUGACGGAGUCGGACACAGCGGGUCUCGUGCCUUCAGAACCUGAAGGAGAACAAGAUGACGUUGUCGUGCGCAGGUUCGGAAAUUGCGCCAGCGUAUUUUGCGACCCGACUACGAGAGCACAUCGCCUCAUUGUACUCGUCUUCCUGUGUUUCCUAGCAUUCGGUAGCUACUACUGCUUCGACAACCCCGGUGCGUUGCAGAGCCAAAUAGAAAAUGUUAUGCAAGUCAAAGCAGCGGAAUUCAGCAGCCUGUACUCAUGGUACUCGUGGCCAAACACAGUCCUCUGCUUUGCUGGGGGCUUCCUCAUCGAUCGAGUCUUUGGCAUCCGCCUCGGUGCUUUCCUAUUUUCGUUCAUAAUCAUCGUGGGCCAGAUCGUCUUUGCCAUGGGGGCCUUUCUCAACCGUUUCUGGCUUAUGCAAUUUGGACGAUUCAUUUUUGGGGUUGGAGGUGAAUCUCUGGCUGUGGCCCAGAACACUUACUCAGUGGCCUGGUUUAAGGACAAGGAGCUGAACACAGUGUUUGGCCUCCAGCUGAGCAUAUCUAGGCUGGGAAGCACAGCCAACUUUAUGACCAUGCCAUUCCUGUACGCCGCUGUGGCCAAGGUGUACCCCGGUUUCACGGGGCUGGGAGUAGCACUCCUCGUCGCUGCUUCCUGGUGCGUGAUGUCCAUGCUGUGUGCAGUCGUGCUGGCCAUUCUUGACCGCAGAGCGCAACGUAUUAUGGGACGUGAGGAUGCUAUGACUGGUGAGGUGGUGAAACUGACAGAUGUACGCUACUUUCCCAAGACCUUCUGGCUUCUGUGCUUCAUCUGUGUGUCGUACUACGUCACCAUAUUUCCCUUCAUUGGCCUCGGCACGGUGUUCUUUCAAAGAAAGUACCAGUUCUCGGCCGUUGAAGCAAACUCUGUCGACAGCGUCCCAUACCUCAUUUCGGCCUUUGCGUCGCCCGUCUUUGGAAUUCUGGUAGAUCUGCUGGGCAGAAACUUGAUCUGGGUCACAGUGGCUGUCUUUGGGACACUUGCUGCUCACGGGCUGCUUGCCUUCACCUUCCUCAAUCCCUGGGUUGCCAUGGUGCUGAUGGGGCUGAUGUAUUCUCUCCUGGCAUGUGCAUUUUGGCCCCUGGUUGCCAUGGUGAUACCUGAACAUCAGCUGGGCACAGCUUAUGGCAUAAUGCAGUCCGUGCAGAACCUGGGUCUUGCCGUUAUUGCCAUGGUGUCGGGCAUGAUUGUCGACAGCAGUGGCUAUUUUGUCCUCGAGGUCUUUCUCAUGGCGUGGCUUUGCUGUUCUCUCAUUGCCUGCCUUUUGCUUGUUCUAGUGAAUGCUAAGCAAGGUGGAGUUCUCAACCAGAGUCGCCUGAAGAAAGAUUGAUUAUUAUGUAAUUCUUGAUGUGUGUGUGAAUUGAGGUGACAGUGACACAAGUCACAAAUUAGCGUCAUUCAUUAUUUUUCACGAUGUUGAUUCCCAUCGCUCAUUAAACUAUUUUAUUAUAUCA